UGGUUUAAUCUCCCUGCUGAACUCUUCCGAGGCCGCCAUCUCCGCUUUCCAAUUAGUGCACAUCAACGACCCGCCGCGACCAGCGUGUGCGCAUGCGUAAUUAGUUACUCGCGCGUAUCGCGCGACGCAUACGUACGUACACUGACCGGGCGGGGUUCUACGGGAAAACUAACUUUCUGGCUCGUUCUGGCUGUGGCGGUCUGCGCAAUGAAGACCCUCCUGUUUGUGUGCGUGUUUGUCGCUGCUCUGACGGGCGUCGUCUACGCGCAGAGCAAAAGUUCCGAGGAGAGGGCUUGUAACUUGAAGGGCAAUUGUGAAGAAUGCCUGGCAGGCAACAGUUCGAUAAACCUGGAGUGCUAUUGGUGUGACAAACCCUCCAACAGAUCAGGGCCCAAGUGUCGUCACUACACAUUCAACUCCGCCAUUCCUGUGGACGGGAUCGAGUGCGAGGAUCUGAUGUACAAAUACGCCAGCUGUCGCUUAAGCGCCCUUGUAGUAGUGAUCCUGAUCACUCUCUCCUGUCUGAUUCUCCUCAUCAUCAUCUGCUGCGUAUCUUGCUGCUGCUGUUUCUACUUUGCCCGGAGACGACAACAUAAAAGGCUUGUAGAGGACCAGAGAUACUUGGAGAAAAAGGAGCACAUACGAGAAGAGCACAAUAUCAAGAGGAUCGAGAGGAAAACCAAGUACGACGACAUCAAGAGGAAGUAUGGUCUCAAAACUGAUGAUGAUGGUGAGGUGGCGAGCUAAAAUGGACCAACCCCCUAUUUUUUGCAUUAAUCGUUUUAUAAAUCAUUGCAUGAAUCAUUGUAUAUACAUACCAUGAGACUAGCAAUUGAUGUUGCGCUCCCUUUCAGCGCAUGCGCAGUCGUCCACCACGCGCUGCUGCUACGGGGAACGCACACCAUGUGAUGCGACGCGCAGCGGAAACGGAACCAAUCAGCUUUGCUGCGUCAGUUGCGAGGAAAACACACAGCGGACUAGAGCAAUACAGAGAGCGAGAACCAGUGCUAGACUAGACCUAACAUCACUCUGAGUACUCUACUCUUCCAAGGGAUCGGAGCGUCGGCGAGACGUCAUGAAGGCACUUCUGUUCGUGUGCGUGUGUGCAGUAGCGCUGACGGCCGCGGUUGUCUACGCCCAGAGUAGAGGUGGUUCUGAGGAAGAAACUUGCAACAAGAAGACAAACUGUGACGAUUGCUUAGCUGGGCGCAAUGGCUCCGUGAGCGUCGAGUGCUACUGGUGCUCAAAGCCGUCCAACAAAUCAGCACCCAAGUGUCGCCACUACACAUUCAACUCUGCCAUUCCUGUCGACGGGAUCGAGUGCGACAACCUCCAGUACAACAUUGGCUCCUGCCGAAUCAAUGCGCUGGUGAUAGUGAUUCUGAUAACGCUGGCCUGUCUGGUGUUUGCCGUAGCUGUGUGCUGUGUGUGCUGUUGCUGUUGUUUCUUCUGUGCCAAGCGGAGACAGAGGUCUCGGAUGGUGGAAGAAGAGCGCUAUCUCGACGAGAAGGAGGGUAUUCGCCAGCGCAGCACCGACCGGCGGGCCGAGAGAAAGGCCAAGUCGGACGAGAUCAAGAGGAAAUAUGAACUGAGGUCUUAACUCUGACGGGGAGGGGACCUACAAGAGGCUGGAAUGAGUGUUCAGAGUGUCCACAAACGAUUCCUCCCUCUACUGGCCAUUAUCUUGCCUUGUUAUUAACCCUUUGCAUGAGUAAUUUACCGUGUUACCUACCACGCCGUACGUGCCAUAAGUAUUUUAUGCAUCGAUUCGCACACCUUUAUUUAAAAAAUGGUCGUGGAAAGUUUUUGUAGUUUUGAUUUUAUACGCAAUCAUGUAUAGUUAUAUUUUCGGGUGUGCA